CAGUGCGUGAUAAGCUUCAAUUGCGAACAUUUAGUUUUGUUGUAAUAAUAUUAUUUUCCCAUGACGGAAUUAGGUUUCCACUGCCAAAAUAAGUGCAAAUACCCUAUAAACCAAAUAAUAUAUUACUUUUUUACCCGACGUUAGCUAAGCCAUAAAAUUCAGUUUUGGUGUUAUCUUGAGCGCCACUAUUCAAACUAAGCCAUGUUUUUGUGUGUACCAUAAAUAAGAUAGUGAGCACCACAAGUCAUUGCGAUCUUGAGUCGUUGCUUCAGAAAUGAGUUAAAACAGUGUAGCAAGUGGGGGCCAGCUGAAGAGUGAGCUGGGACCGGACGACGAUGAACAAUCUUGUGCAGGAUAUACAGAACAGAUAUUCUUUUCUGGGUAAUCUGUUCAGUCACGUAUGGAAAUGCAUUAUUCGAUCUAAUUUGAAGCUCAAACUACAAUUGCGUAGCAUUCAAUGGAAGAAUGCAAAAGCCAAGCCAGGGUGUGCCUACCAGCCCACAGAGAUCGAGCAGGUGGCAAAUGUCAUAACUCAUGGUAUUUGGAUAGUGCCCGCCGUGUUUGCGGUCAUUAAGCUCUUUGAACGCUCCAACAGCUCUAGCCAGUAUCUGGUGUCUUGGGUGUAUGGCACUGCCUUAUGUAUGGUGUUCACCGUGUCUACAUUCUUCCACUGUUCCUGUUACUGUGCCGAACAGAAGCCGCCCAAAAACUACAAUGGUUGGUCCGCACUCGGCCGGCAUACGUAUCAGAGUUUGAAGAACGUUUUGCAUCGCUGCGAUCGUGCCAUGAUCUAUGUGUUUAUAGCUGGUUCAUACUUUCCCUGGCUAACGUUGGAGAAUACGGACCAUUCGGCGAUACUCUUUUGUAUGGAAUGGAUUAUUUGGCUAAUGGCAGCCAUUGGCAUUGCUUAUCAGCAGCUUUUCCAUGAACGCUACAAAUGCCUGGAGACAUUCUUUUAUAUUCUAAUGGGACUGGGUCCAGCGCUGGUUGUAAUGUUAACGGGCCAUCAUUUUAAUGGAAUGUUGCACCUAAAAUUUGGUGGAGCCUUCUACAUACUGGGCAUUGUAUUUUUCAAGUCGGAUGGCCUUAUUCCUAUGGCGCACGCCAUUUGGCAUCUUUUUGUGGUGCUCGCCGCCGGUUGUCAUUACUAUGCAAUUUUGGUGAACCUGUAUCCGAAUGACGCCAAUAGUCUAACGAACCAGUAGCUAAAUAACGCCUUAGUCUUUAUGGAGCGCAUGGCUAUAAAAGUAGAAUCUUAUGUACUUAAUAGAAACUCGAUCCCAACCUUAUGACCCACAAAAGUUCCAUUUUAAUUCGAAAUGAUUUAAUUGAUUGUGUCUCGAGUCAGCCGGAAUGCAUUCCCUCCUACGUACCACCCAUAUAACUCACUGCUCCAAUAUUAGCCAAAUUUUUUUUAAAUUUAUAUAGAAUUUAUUUUAUUAAAUUGAUUUGUAUGUGUUAAUUGAGUUUAUGAAACGGAUUUAUAUACCAUAAUAAUAGUUGUAGUAAACUAGUAUAUUAGAAAAUUCGAUAGAAAAGCUAACGGAUUGCUAAGAUAUAUAAACAAAACCUUUCUUGUGAUCAAUAUCUGCGGGCUUGCCAAAGAAUUAAAUGGUAAACAAUUAUUCUCAA